CAUCACAAGAAUAGUAGUUGCUUUCUUUGAUUCCCCCUUCCCCUUUUUUUUUUUUUUAGUCGGGCUUUUUUUUUAUACAUAUAUCUUUUGUCCCUGAAAAAAAAAAUAUUCCGUUCAAUCCAGUUUAAAUUAAAUUUACAAGACUUGUUUUAUAUCUUCUUUUCUUACUUUGAAUGUUACGCUUACGUUGGAUCUGUAGUCUGGUGCUAGGUGCUUUCUCUGUGGUUGCUAUUGACAACCAUACAACCUAUACAUGUGAUUCUCCUAUUUAUUGUAAAGGUGAUUUACUUCAUACUGUGCAAAUGGCCAGAAUCUUUUCGGACUCCAAGACAUUUGUGGACAUGCCUACAUCCAAGCCAGAAGCACAAGUACUUCAAAACUUUCAAGCCUUGGGUGGUGUCAAUGCCACCAAGGAACAAGUACAACAAUUCCUCAAUGAAAACUUUCUCAAGGCUGGAACCGAAGUCAAAUUAUUGCCUAAUAUUACAAUCCCCCCGCUCCGAUGGAUUGAUAAUGUAACCGAUCCAGAUUAUCGAGGCUGGAUCAGUCAUUUAAAUGAAGCUUGGGCUAAUCUGACUUUCACAUUUGAUACAAGCGACUUAUGCGAGGACUGUUCUAGUUCCAUUUUACCCGUCAAACGUCCCUUUGUCGUACCUGGCGGUCGUUUCCGUGAAUUCUACUACUGGGACUCGUAUUUUGUGAUCAAGGGGCUGUUACUAAGUGAUCAAGUGGAAAUGGCCAGAAACAUGAUUUUGAACUUUUUUGAUUUUGUGGAGACCUAUGGUUUUAUUCCCAAUGGAGCGCGUAUGUAUUAUCUCAACCGUUCUCAACCUCCUUUCCUAACACAAAUGGUACAAGAGUUCUGGGAAAAGACAGGUGAUCGUGACUUUAUGACGCAGGCUUUACCUCAUUUAGAGAAAGAAUAUGCUCAUUGGAUGACCAACGCUUCCAUUUCUGUACCCGAUCCAGAAAAUCCUCACAAGAAGUAUAAGCUAAACCAUUAUUCCACGCUCAAUACCUCGCCUCGUCCUGAAUCCUAUGUCGAAGACUACAAUACAGUGAACAAUGGUACACAUUUCACAGACGCCGAAAAGGACCAGAUGUACGCCGAUAUUGCCGCUGGUGCCGAAACAGGGUUUGAUUAUUCCUCACGUUGGGUUAAGCAAAAGUAUCCUGCUGCCGAUCAAAAGGAAAACUAUGAGAUGUUACGCACGAUCCAUACCUCUGAGAUUGUACCUAUUGAUCUCAACUCGUUGCUAUGGAACACCGAGUCCAUGUUGGCCGAAUGGUUUACAGAGUUUGGGGAAAAGUCAAAGGAGACCAAAAAGAAAGCUGCCUAUUAUCAAACCCAAGCCAAGAAACGUUUGGACGCCAUAGAAAGACUCAUGUGGAAUGAAGACGACUAUAAUUUUUAUGAUUACAAUUUAACGGAUAACUCACAGAACAAGGAUUUCACUCCGGCCAAUUUAUUUCCGCUUUGGUUAGGAGCCAUUCCCCCUCGUAUUCUGAAGGACAAGAAGAUUUUAUCGCAUGUGUAUGAUGAAGCGGAAAAUGCUUUGCGUAAGUAUCCUGGUAUCUUGACCACGUCUUAUUAUAACACGACGAUGCAAUGGGAUUGGCCUAAUGGUUGGCCUCCACUCUCGUAUGUGGCGAUGGAAGGUAUGCUGCGUGUGGACAAGUACUUGAACAAUAACAAUGAUAAGAAGACCUACACAACGAGCCAUGGUACGUCUAUCUAUCGAUUGUCUCAUAAUCUUGCGGAACGUUAUGCGGCCUCUGCUUACUGCGGUUGGUAUAAUACAGGUGGAUCGAUUCCUGGGCUUUUAGAAAAGAUUGAAAAUGUAUCGGAUGAUGGCCAUAUGUUUGAAAAGUUUGAUGUGAAUACCAUUGGCGUAUCAGGAAGUCAAGGAGAAUAUGUAUCGCAAACAGGUUUUGGCUGGACCAAUGGAAUUGCCUUGUGGAUAUUCAACACAUUUACCAAUAUGACCGCACCUGAUUGUACCCAAACUAUUACUUUAAGCAUUUAAUAAAUAAUAAUAAAAGCCACUCAAUGGGGGGUGCCUUCCCGAAAAGUAGUCACAGAUUAA